AUGCCAGACCACCACUUCCACAACGACACCAACCUUCUCUCCCUUCCACCGGAGAUCCGCUCUCUGAUAUAUGAGCGCCUCCUCUCAGGUUCCAACAGGUACAUUCUGUCCCCCUCAUCGCGUCCCAAGUACUACCACCGGGAUUAUGACUUGCACCCUGCCCCAGAAGAGGCCAGCGGAGGCUCGCACGUCCAUCCGGCCGCCAAUCUUCUCCUGACCUGCCACCUCGUGCGACGCGAGAUCCAAACUGCCAUUGCCCUCCACAUGCACCUCUACUGCUCAGUCCACGAGCUCGAAUAUAUCAGCACAUCAUCGUACUUGCCUUCCUGGCUCCGAAAUUCUUUGCGGCAUGUCUCGAUCUACAAAUUCGACCUCACGCGGUCGCACCCGCUAUCACCAAUUCAGUUCUUCCACCCAUUCACGAGUACGCGGGACCCACUUCCCUUGGACUCGGCGCACCAAUCGUUCUCACAGAGUAUAAUCUAUCGACUUCUCGCGGAUCACACGUCGGCGCCGCACGCCAAGCUGCUGAGGACGUUUCCCGCCCUGGCGCGCUUGGAUCUGGUGUACUUCUGGCCUGAAAUCCUGGGGCGGAUGAAACAUCGGCUCGAGCUGUUCUUUGAGGGUAGGAGGGACGAUGAGCUGUUGAGCCUGGUGCAGAUUGCCUUUCGGCGGAGGAAGGACGAGGACGAUAUUAGUGGUGGUAUAUGGAGAGAUGGAGCUGUUGAGAAGCAGUGCUUGAGAAAUGAUGAGGCAUUGAGUUCUCAGUCUGCGGACUCUGCCCGUACCAACCGGAUGAACGAAAACCAAGCCUCGACAAGUCCAAGUCCAUCCCAACUUCAGAUUUUCGUAACGGGGCAUUUCAUCGAAACUGAAGCCAGUGGACCAAAUGGAAGACGGUGUCUGGUGAGUUCCCUCUCCUUCGCAUAG